AUGCAGGGCGCGAGGGUGCACUCGCAUUCCGCGGCGUGCGGCCCGGCGGCCAGGCCGAAGCGUAGCGUGCGGGCGUCGUCCGCCGCUGGCGCCCCGCAGCCCGCUCAGAAGCAGCCGAUGGGCUGGCGCGGGGACCCCCUCCCUCAGAAGUCCCUCCCGCUGCUCCCGGACGGCAAGCCGGACUACUCCUCGAUCGACGCGAGCCCAAUCAGCAAGGUCCUGAUGACGACCAUUCGGCGGCUCCUGGUCAAGGAGGUCGGGCACGACAGCGACCCGCGGCCCUACGACAACUUCGACGCCCUUAUGACCCCCGUGCGCGAGGUCAACGACGGCCCCGGGACCGCGCGCGACGUCGUCGUGCGCGCGAAGCGCGUCUUCGCCGGCAUGCUCCCCGGGCUGGGCAUCGGGUGGGUAAUCCCCUUUUGGCGCGUGGCGGUGAAACCCUACGCGCCCGACUGGUUCCAGCGCUGGGCGUUCUUCCUCGUGUUCCGCACGCUCUUCCCCUGGCUCAUGGGCCCGAUGGAGGGCACGCAGCACGUCGAGGUGGAGGUGCUGGGCGUGAAGCUGAGGCUCCCGCAGGCGGUGAAGGCCGAGCGGUGCCGGUUCAUCGAGACCGCGGGGUGCGCGAGCGUGUGCGUGAAUUCGUGCAAGGCGCCGAGCCAGGAGUGGCUGAUGGAGGACUUCGGGAUGCCGAUGCACAUCCGGCCGAACUAUGACGACUUCUCUUGCGAGUGGCGGUUCGGCGUCGAGCCGCCCCCGCUCGAAGAGGACGAGGCGGUGCUGGUCCCGUGCUUCUCGCAGUGCACGAGCGCGGUCAAGGGCGAGAAGGACGCCGCGCGGCAGGUCGCGCGUGCGGCCCGCGGCGUCGGCAUCGAGGGGGGUGUUGACAAGUACCCGGGGGAGUCUCUGGAGGCGAUCGCGGCGCGGGCGUCGCAGGCGGCGAUCGAGGACGCCACGCGGGACGGCACGGCGCUGUCGGCGGAGUCGCUGCGGGAGCGCGUGGACGAGGUGGGCCGGCAGAGCAAGUGCUGGAGCGUGGGGGAGGCGCGCGUGGCGACGCUCGAGGAUGUCGGACGGCCGUCGAAGCUGUGA